AUGCCGCCAUUCGCCGUAGCCAGCCCUGCUCAGAAGCGGCAGGGUGGCGCAACGCCACCGCCGCACUCACUUCCCCGGCUCGACCUGUCCCCCAUGGACACGGACCCGGCGCCGGCGAAGUCACCAACUCCGCCCGCCUCAUCCACCGCCGGACCAGCGCCCCCCGCCGCCCCUACCGCGAAGGGGAAGCGAUACCCACCCCUCAUUGUGGAGGUGAUGCCUGAUUGGCCAAUGCAUUUCCGCGAGCUGCGGAAGGUGCUGGGCCACCAGGUCAACGCACGCCCCCUGGGGAAAGGCAUUAUCUUCACCCCGAGGGACGAGGAUGAGUACCGGGCGAUCCAGCAGUACCUUCAGACCACGGGGCUACACUGGUUCUGCUACGGCCUCCCAGCAGAACGCAGCCUCAAGAUCGCCAUCCGCGGCCUGCCGGCGAACACCGACCCGGCAGAAAUAGAAGAAGACCUGAGGGAGAAGGGCUUCUUACCCGAAUUCGUCCGCCAAAUCCGCGCGCGCAGCGGCCGGCCUGGAUGCAUAUUCCACGCCCAACUGCAGCGCACCGCGGACACGACGCCGGGGAUCUACGCCCUCACCGAGCUCCUGGGUAUGCCAGGAGUAAAGGUCGAAGCCUGGCGAGGACGAAAGGGCCCCGCGCAGUGCUACAGGUGCCAGGGUUUUCGGCACUCGUCGGUGAACUGCCACCGCCCUCUCGCCUGCCGCGCAGUGCCCGGUCUACAAGCGGGAGGCGCGCAACAAGAAGGCCGGAGUCGCAGCGCGCACUGGUGCAGCACUGCCAACCACCUCGCAGCCAGCCGUUGA